AGCAGUGAACUAUUACGUAAAGGUUCAGGCUUAUCCUGACUGCGUUUCGCAGGGUACGGUUUUGAUCCAUAACAACAUCUUGAACAAUCAUGUCUGGUAGAGGAAAAACCGGAGGCAAAGCCCGAGCAAAGGCCAAAUCCCGGUCUUCCCGGGCUGGACUCCAGUUCCCAGUGGGUCGUGUUCACAGACUGCUGCGCAAAGGCAAUUAUGCAGAGCGUGUAGGAGCUGGAGCUCCGGUGUAUCUGGCUGCCGUGCUGGAGUACCUGACCGCUGAGAUCCUGGAGCUGGCAGGCAACGCAGCCAGGGACAACAAGAAAACCAGAAUCAUCCCCAGGCACCUCCAGCUGGCCGUGCGCAACGACGAGGAGCUCAACAAGCUGCUGGGGGGUGUGACGAUCGCUCAGGGAGGUGUGCUGCCCAACAUCCAGGCCGUCCUCCUCCCCAAGAAGACGGAGAAACCUGCCAAGAGCAAGUAAAAGACUCCCCGCAGGCCCGGGCUCAUUCGCGGCCGCUCUUUCCAUUACGGUGUUUGUUUUUUGGAUCUCAAACCUUCACAUAGGAGAAGCAGUGUUCGGUGUUGUUGUUUCUACAAUGAAAACAGACACUGGCUUCUCGUCGGGACUAUUCAUAGACUGCACAGUGCUGUUGUUGGCUCUGGAAAAUGGAGGCGCUUUCAGAGGGUGAUGAAUGCAGUGGAAAAAACACAUUCUUAAUAUGGACCAAUUUUAAAAGGAAGGAUUGUUUUAGUUCCGCAGUGCUGCUUUAAAAUGUGCACAUUUGUUACAUUGUUGUGUUGUUUAUGUCAUGUUGGUGAAUAAAUGCUCUGUAGCCCUUUGGCUCAGUGCGUAACAUUCA